AUGGCUCAACCUUUUCUCCAGAAGUUUUACCUCAGGUCUCCUCACAUCUUUCUCUCUGGUCCUUCAAACUUUCAAUCCCGUUAUCUUUCUGGAUCUUCUUGUCGAAAUUUCUACCGCCACUCCAUCUUCUUCCAACAAACCACUAAACUUGAAAAACCUUCUCCCACCAAACCGAAAACCUCUGAUCAGCUCAAUAAACCGAAUCAAUCAGAAACCCGACCUUCUGAUCCGUCUGAAAUUUUAUCAAAGCUCUCACCUAGCUCUACCCAACCGGGAUGUACCACAGCUUUCUCCGAUCAACCUUCCACCGGGUCAUCGGUACCGCAGCCAAACGAACCUUCAGUCUCGAAACCCAAUAAGCUCAAGGCAAUCCAGCCCAAGUCCUCAGCAAAGGCCGAGCUACCCAGAAUUCUACCUCCUCAUCCCUUCAAUACACAUGAAUUUGUCAGACAACUAGAAACUUCAGCCUUUGGUCUUGAAGUCUCAAGAACAAUAAUGAAAGUAGUGAAAAAAAGUUUAGAAACCUCGGAACAUCGAUGGUUACUCUCAGGUCCAAGUGGAGGAGUCGUCUCUAGAGCAUAUGCAGAAGGACAAGCAUAUUUAUAUAAUGCAGCAUUAGGAGAGUUAAGAACGGAAGUGAAAGUGAAAACAAGAAAUGAUGGGAUCGUUUUGAAAAGUGCAAGUAAUGUAUUACAACGUGAGAUUGAUUCUUUGAAACAGAAAAUGAAAGAGGAUGUGGAUGGAUUAAAGAAUGAGAUUCAAUUAGAGAUGAAUGGAAGGAAAGAAGAAGCUAGUGAUGAUCAGAAAAAACUCGAGUUGGCUAUUCAAGAGUUGAAUAGUAAGUUCACAAUCUUAGUUGGAGAUGUCAGAACUGAGAUCGAGACACGCAAAUGGAUCACAACGCGACGCUGCAUUGUCGCGAUCGCGUCCUUAGCACUCUGUGUUAUAAUCUUCACCGCCCUCGAAUCGAAUCAAAUCAAUCCAGUUUCGUCAUCCGCAACUAACGCACAAAAACAACUUCAAAGAGAAGUACUCAAGACAGUGGAAGAUCUGGGUAUCACUCCAGCUAGGGAUGAAAGUGAUUCAGGUUACUCGAGCGGUGUGUUUGGACAAGGGAAACGGAUUGGAGAUGAAGAUAAUCAUGACGGAAACACUAGCUUUUGA